AUGACAAGUAAUUUUGCAGAAAGAGAAGAGAUUAUAUUUGAAGAAAUUGAAAUUGAUAAAGGUGAAGAAGUUUUGGUAAUAAAUGAAAGAACUGUUUUUGAAAAAAAUAAAGUAGUUGUAUUGAAAAAUAGAAAGAGAACAACAAAACAAGCACUUCUCUUUAAUGUUAGCAGAUCAUUUGAAGUAUCAAUGGAUGAAUUUGAUUGUGAAUAA